UUUCUGUGUGACAUCACGGUCCGUCGUCUAAAUGUUUCCCCCCUCUGCCCGGAACUACAGCAACUCUUUUUCGAGUCUGUUUUUUUUUUAAUGUGACUUAUCUUAAACUUAACUUCGGCGACUGGACACACGGAGCAUAUUAAAACAAUAACAACAUCUGCAGAAUGGCGUCUCCCCACGAUCGCAGCGGGAGGGGCGAGGACGGCGAGGACGACCCCGUGGACCGCAUGAUCUCCCGCACGGGCUGCGCCGAGCUGCACUACGCCGUGCAGGAGUGCAUGGCCGAGCGCCAGGACUGGCGGGCGUGUCAGGACCACGUGCGCGCCUUCAAGGCCUGCAUGCUGGACUACCAGCAGACGCGCGCGGAGGAACUGAGGCGGCGGCCGGCGAGCACGGAGACCACGCCCGGCUAAGAGCGCCAACACACACUGGAGGAUAAUUCCCAAAGUUGUAGUGACCCGGGAGAGUUCCAGUCACUUAUUUCCUUCCAGUGGUAAAACAAACAAGUGGAGUCCAGGGAGCACUCUUGUGUCAACUUCACUCACCUGAGACAACUCUUGUUUUUUACUGCGCUCUCCCUCAGGGCUCACUAAUUGACCCUCAGGUGAGACACACACACACACACACACACACACACACACACACACACACACACACACACACACACACACACACACACACACACGGUUGUUUUGUAACUUUCACACGUCACACUAAAAGUUUCAACUUCU